UCAUUUGGUGCGGGCUGUUGUUACAGGAAAUCUUAUGAAAGAAUGGGCCAAGGUCACGGGUCAUGGUCGCUCGGCGCUAUGACCGUCUGGUUGCCAUGGGGACGCGGUGCCGUGAUGGUCGCCCACGUGACCUGCUCCCUGCUGCACCUCCUCCUGUCCGCGGUGCUGGUGACGUCACACGAGACGACGGACGGUCCGGAAGUUGCCGGGAACCUGAGCCAGCUGGUCUACAACGCCACCUCCCCGCCCGGCAACACAUCCGGGGUCGUGGUGUCGGGCGACGCCGCGGGGAGCGCUCGGGUGGAGAUCGCCCGGGCCAGCGACGAGAGCGACAUCCCGCGUGAGUACCCCACGGCCCUCGUCAUCGCCAGCUCCGUGGCGGCCGUCAGCAUCCUCGUCUUCUUCUUCCUCGCCUACUACUGGCACACCCGCCAGCUCGACAGCCGCGCCAGGAAACUCGCCAUCCGACUGGCCGCCGACGCUGAAAACGGCAUGCGCAGACGCAACUGCCCCACGCCGCCCUCUCGCGGGUACACACGCGCCACCUCGCGCCCUGUGUCCGAGGCGUCGGUUGACCUCAACCACUACGAGGCUCUGACUAUGGAGGAGGACCAACCCCUGGGGAGCGAGUGCGGACACAGCUCCCGGGGGGUGUCAGAGAGCGACGCCGGCGACAGCGAGGACGUUUUCACGCCCGCCCAGCACCCGGGGGAGAGGGGCAGGACUUUGAUCCGGGGUGGGCGCGGCGGCCACCGGAAGUGGAGCCGGUCCAGAAAACAUUCGUCGGGCGCCAGCCUGGACAAGCGGGACUCGGCCGUGACGGACAAAGAGAUCCUGACCCACUUCGCCAGCCGCCGGCACUCCACGUUCUUCAUCUGACGCUGGUCACGUGAUUCCCGUUGUUGUUGACUACACCAUUUCCGCCUGCUGUAAUAUUGAUGACUAAUUAAUCCAUUGUUAAUUAUGCAUGUCGCGUAUCCACGUUUGAAACGUCUCUUCCUGCAGAUUUGUUUUGAAACUUUUAAAUCGAAGUUUUGCAGCACUAACUUUGGCAUGAGGAUAAGCAUACACCACAUACCGUAAUGCCA